UACAGACAGCCCUGCACAGCCCGGCCGAAACUUCUACAUCGCGCAGACCUCACUGCGGAUCUGAGAUUUGCUGACAAUGACGUCCUGCGACGAGAAGAAACCGCUGCCCCCGGCUGACUUCUCUCUGGGAGGCGCCUCGCUGCACGACAUCGCACGGAUCAAGGAACAGAUCCUGCUGGAGGGAAACCAGAAUCGUCGGAAGAUCGUGAUCGGAGUGACCUGCGGUGUGCUGGCGGUGCUGCUUGUUCUGGGCAUUCUUCUAGGCGUUUUCCUGAACCACGACCCCUUGAAAUCGCGACACCUGAAGUUCCGCGACGGAAACCAGCUGUACUGGGAGACCGUCGAGACCGACGAAGACGAGGGUACCGACACGUUCUACACCGAUAGCGCCAGCGGGGCGGCGGCCGUCAUGUUCGACCACAAUAAGGACCUGAAGGCUUACAAGUUUUCUGGGCGGGACAUCUGCUACAUCGUGCCCGAAGACGAGGGAGAAGACGAGAAGGCGAAAGAAGCUGCAAAGGAACUGGAAAACAAAGAGGAGGGGUCCACCCAAGCCUCCAAGAAUGGCGGGAGCAGGAAGAUGUCCCUGGACGAGUCCCGCCCUGAAACUCCCGAGCUGAGUGAGGCGAUGGGGCUCUUCUGCGGCGACCUGGAGCCCCGCUGGGCCAACAUCGAGCUGCCGGUGGACAGCAGCGAGGAGGAUACAAGUGACGGCAUCGUGCUCAUUGCUCCCGCUUCGCCAGGGGACGCCUCUGCCGAGCCGAAGAGCCGUGCGAGGCGUGGUUGGCUCUGGGGACGCCGCCGCAGCAACAGACGCUGGCACGUGUCAGGUUACUGCUGCUGGGGUGUAAGCAUCACCUGGAGCUUCUGAAGUCAGUAAAGCAAAACCGACGAUAGUAACAGCAGUUUCUAUCAAAAACCAACGCUUUGAGAGAACUAAGUGGUGUGCUGCAAUGUUAU